GUCGGUCGCAGGAAAAGAAACAGUAUUGUGCCCUCUUUAAGAUUAAGCGGAGCUUCCUUCUAAUAAAUCCUGCACAAAAUAGUAAGAUAGAGGGUGUGACGUAGCAGAUGGCACCUUCUACUUGGAAUGUGGGCGCGGCUUAUUUGAGGGGGCGUGGCUUUCGCGCGUCCUGGCAGGGCCACGUCUACCCGUUUAGAAAGCCACGUUGAGCGUUGCCAGGACUCGGCAGAUCAGUAUCCUCUCCCAGCCGUUCCUUACCGCAAGCCGCGGGAGGGUAAAAACAAUAUUGACAACGCGCCUUAUUCAAAUUCAGGUUUCUCCACAUUUAUUCGUUUUGCGUUUCGUUUAAGCCGCACGUUGAUAUUUUCCUUCCCCUUUCUCCUGAGACGUGUUUGUCGUGUUUCCCUUCCAGGACCCGGCUAGUUACCGCCUCAGCUUUCGUUAUCGUACGGACGGUGGCCCCGACGAGCCGAUCGAUUCCGUAACGGCGCAUGCGCGGGGGUAAGCUGCCGUUGGGAGACGAGGGGAGUUCGUGGCCUGAGGAGACGGGACGGGCGAGCCGCCUCCGCCGCUGAGAGUCGACAUGGAGACGCUCUACCGGGUUCCGUUCGCGGUGCUGGAGUGCCCCAACAUCAAGCUGAAGAAGCCGAGCUGGGUGCACAUGCCCUCGGCCAUGACGGUCUACGCGCUGGUGGUGGUCUCGUACUUCCUCAUCACGGGAGGUAAUUCCCUUGGGAACGACGGGAGGCUCUGCGGGGUGGGCCUUCAGGCGCGCACAAAAAUACACGCUAAUGCACACGAGCACAAAAAUACACGCAGAUGCACGCGCGCACAAAAAUACACGCGCACAAAAUUACACGCUAAUGCACAGGCGCAGCUCAUUCCUGCCUCCUCGGUUGCCCCAUAUUCAUAUAUAGAAUUUUCAGCUUUAUGCCUCUCAAUUCAUUUACAGUCAUUUUAACAUUUCAAAACUCGACUUCCUUCUCCGCCCUCUUUUUGCGGUUCUUUAAAUUGAUUUUUUAAUAUUUUCUGCAUAUCAGAAUUUAACUUAAUUUGUUCGCACAUUCAUCUGCUUUAAAGAUACACUCUUAUGAAAACUGCAGGUUCUUAUUACAAUAAUCCUGCCAGUCUUCUUACCUGUUUGCAAUCUGUUUGUAAAUAUUCGAUAAACCAUUUCCGUUCUUCCUCCGUUGCCCCUUAUUCUAGUUUUAAUCUUCUAUUUAGGAGUGAGAAAAGCCAAAAAUUGGUGGGGGAAAGGCAUGAAAAGCGAAUGGGUCUCUCGCCAGGCUUCCCAUUCCCCUGCCAGGGUGGUCCUAAGUUGUGCCUUGCUACAGAAGGGGUGUUUCUGUAUUAAUUAUUUUAGGAGAACCCCAGAGACACUAGCAAAUGAAAGUGACCCGGGGACUCUACUGUUCCAUUUCAUUCAUUUCUUUUGUUAUUUGUUCAUGCCCUGAAGCCUUUCCCCUCUUCAUUGAAUCCCCACAACAACGCCAUAAGGUAGCUAAGGCUGAGAGGCACAGUGACUGGCCCACUGGAUCACCUGAUGAGCUUCAGGGCUGAGCAGGGAUUCGGACCCUCCCAAGUCCUAGUUUGACACUGUCCACUACAGCACCAUUGGCUGGCAUAUUUUAAAGUUUCUAAAGACACACCCCAGCCGAGCAUUGCAGGGGGUUGAACCUGAUGAUCUUCGGACUCCCAACAUUACAAUCCUAUGAAAGCACUAGGCUGGUGUGAGUGGUGGUGGUCUGGGCAGUGCAGUCUGGAGAGGGGGAUUUGAGGACCCAUUCUAAGUUGGAGACUGGCUCUUGGUGACAAGAGUGGUUGUUGCAAGUAAGAUUUAAAAAAAAAAAAAAAAAGGAUAAAGGACAGUUAAAUCCAGUCAAAGGUGACUAUGGGUUUGCAAUACUCAUCUCGCUUCGGGCCAAGGGAGACGCCGUUUGUCCACAGACAGCUUUCUGGGUCAUGUGGCCAGCAUGACUAAACCACUUAUGGUGCAAUGGAAUACCAUGGCGGAAACCAGAGCGCACAGAAACGCCGUUUACCUUCCUGCUGCAGCAGUACCUAUUUAUCUACUUGCACUGGUGUGCUAUCAAACUGCUAGGUUGGCAGGAGCUGGGACAGAGCAACAGGCGCUCAUCCCGUCGCAGGGAUUCGAACCGCCGACCUUCCGAUUGGCAAACCCAAGAGGCUAAGUGGUUUAGACCACAGCAAGUACAGUGGAACCUCGGGUUGUGAAUGUGAUCCGUGUGGGAGACACGUUUGCAACCCGCAGCACCAUGUAUGCGCAUGCGCAAUACAUGAUUUGGUGCGCAUGCGCAAGUGCCGAAACCUGGAAGUAACCCGUUCCAGUACAGUGGUGCCUCGCAAGACGAAAAGAAUCCGUUCUGUGAGUCUCUUCGUCUAGCGGUUUUUUCGUCUUGCGAAGCAAGCCCAUUGAUGGAUUAGCGCUAUUAGCGGCUUUUAGCGGCUUAUCGGCUUAGCGGAUAAGCGGCUUAGCGGCUUAGAAAAAGGGGGGGAGGAAAAAAAACCCGCAGGAACUCGCAAGACAUUUUCGUCCUGCGAAGCAAGCCCAUAGGAGAUUCGUUUUGCGAAGCACCUCCAAAACGGAAAACUCUUUUGUCUAGCGAGUUUUCCGUCUUGCGAGGCAUUCGUCUUGCGGGGCACCACUGUACUUCCAGGUUCGGUGCGCCCGAAAACGAGCAACCCACAGCGAUCGCAACCCGAGGUAUGACUGUAACUGAAAGGAGAGGAGGAGUCAAAAGCUGCAGGUCUCUAGAGGCUCUGCAGUGCUGCCUCUCCCUUUGCUGUGUAGCCCAGCAAUAUGGAGUGGGUCCUGCUAUAUUGCAGCUGAGGGAGACUCCUGAUUGAGCUGGUCUUUCAGCAGAGCUGGAGAGAAAAUAUACUGUACUGCAACCUGAAGCAUUAACAAUUGAGCUGUAUUACAGGAUUAGUUGUAAACCAUUUGUAGCAUUGCACACGCAUGUAAGUGCAUGGGUAAUAACGGUGAAUUGCAUUGGAGGAUUGUUGUUAGCUACACAACCACAGCCCUCCUCAUUCUUCCUGAAACCUGUGAUAUGGCAAUAGUAGCUGUGUACUCUACUGCACACUUUUGUAUGUCUAAAACUAAAUGCAGCCCACCAAUUUUUUCACAUGAAAAAAAGACCUUAAAUCAUGAACUUCUGACUUUCUACCUUUAGGCUUAGGGAAGGUGGUGUACAUGUGUGUGUGUGUUCUUUCAAACUAAAUUUACAUUUUUUUUCCUCUUUCUGUAGGAAUCAUUUAUGAUGUGAUUGUAGAACCUCCCAGUGUUGGCUCAAUGACAGAUGAACAUGGACAUCAGAGGCCUGUGGCCUUCUUGGCUUACAGGUAGAAAAUAUACUUGAUACUAGCAAACUGUAUUUCUCUAAAGAUUACUAUGGAGUAUCUUGACAGUGAACUGCUGUUUACAUGGUGAGCUGGCUGUUAGAACAUUGUGAUCAAAGUUCAUUGUAGCUUUACCAAGCUACAAAAAUAAAUAGAAAUACUAGCAUCAUUUUAAAUGAAGUUGUUUAACUUAGUAGACAGUCCUCCUGCUCUCUGGAACAGAGUCUUAGCUGAACUAAGUUAAUAGUCAUUCAUAUGGUUUAAACUACUGUCAAGGAUGGAAACUAAUUGUCAGAGAAUACACACCAUGUGUAGCUACAAGGAGUUGUAGGGCCAUCCUAUUUGGGGACUAGGGAUCUAAAGCAACAAGAAGUAUCAUGGCAAAGGGAAAACCAGUAAUAAGUGCCUGACAUAUUCUGGAAAGAAAUCGGGCUCUGUGUGUGUUGAUAGUUAUAGCUGAAGGAAUAGCCAGACGUUUGAUGGGAUUGCUUCUCAGUAAAUUAUAGAGCUCGGGGUAUGGUAGCUAUCUGCACUGCUUUUGGGAACUUCUCAUCUUUGUUUAAUAGCAUCAAGUCUCUAAUGGUUUCAAAGAGGAAGCAGUUUUCCUGUAAUGUGACACUCAUCAUUUAUUUUAUUUUCUGCCCUCCACUGUAUCAUGAUGACUGUUUUUCUUGUGUGUGAGAGUAGAAUAUAUGCAUGCACCUAUGUUUGUGAAUUUUACACAAUGUGACAGGUUAGCCAGAUAAUCCGUAGCACUGCUGUUCAAACUAAAAUAUUUCCUUGUCUUGUAUGCAGAGUAAAUGGACAGUACAUUAUGGAAGGGCUCGCUUCCAGCUUCCUCUUCACAAUGGGAGGCCUUGGCUUUAUAAUAUUGGACCGUUCUAAUGCACCAAAUAUCCCAAAGCUGAACAGAUUUCUGCUGCUUUUUAUUGGAUUUGUCAGUGUCCUGUUGAGUUUCUUUAUGGCUAGAGUAUUCAUGAGGAUGAAAUUACCGUAAGUAAAUUGUUUCUCCUAUGAUUUUCUGACCUCCACUUUUAAUCUUUAUCACAAUCUAAAGAUGAAAUAAGUACUAAGGGGAAAAUAAAGGUAUUGCAAGGACUUUUCUCAUGUUUUUAAAACAUUGUUUGGAGCAGUGUGAAUUAUACCACAGGUUUUUUUCAAUAGACAAGCAAAUGUCCACUCUAGAGGAGUAAUCAUAAUAUUGAAAGAUGCCAGGCCAUGAAAUCAGAUUUUUUUUUUUUAAAAAACCUGACUACAGUGUCUGAGAUGAGGGAUUUAAUACUAUUUAUGAGGAAAGCUAUAUAAGUACUGUUGUAAAAAGCAUUUCACAAACACCUAAUAUUGUUUACAGUAAUCCUGCAAGGGAGAUCAGUUUUAUCCGCAGUUUGAGGGAGAUUGAGGCAGAGUCUUUGUGGCUAGCUUUAAAGUCCAGAAGGAAACCAAGAAUGAUUGAAGGAACAUUUAUCUAGGAAUAUACAACAAUUUAUUGUAUAUGUAGAUCAUGUCACUAACCAUGACUUCCAGCAAUGUAAACCUGAAGCAAGCACAUGAGAGUACAAUAAUUAGAUAUGACCCACAGAUGGUUUCCUACACAGAAGUAUCUGGUGUGUAGGGUGGCUUCCUAUACUUAUGUAGUGAUCCUUCUAUUUUAUAAAAGAUGCUCAUGUUAGUGUUUUAAGACCUAAAGCACUCCCACCCCAAAUAUCUGAAAGACUUCCUCCUUCCCUGUCCUGGGUGUUAAGAUCAGCAGAGGAGGCCCUUUUGGUAGCUCCACCCCUCUCAGAAACUCCAGGUGGUGAUGGCCCAGGAGAGGGCAAUCUCUGUGGCAGCCCCUAAGUUGUGAAAUGCCCUGUCCACUUCAUUAUACAGUUUUCAGUGAAUGCCUUUGACACCUGAAAUGUAUACUUUUAAGAACCCACCCUAUUUUUGGUGAUUGUAGCUUUUGCAAUUGUGAGUAAUCGCAACUGUUUUUAAUGUUGUAUUUUAAAUUGUUGUAACCCACCUGGGUGAAGAGCAAACAAUCAGUAAUAUAUUCCUCCCUCCCUGUUCAAAUCUUCCCUUUGUCCUCUAGGGGCUACUUAAUGGGUUAGUGCCUUAUUGUGGAGUGUCGCAAAGCAGAAAUCGGAUUUUCUUCUCUUCGUGAAGAGGAAUGAAUAGCAAAAAUUCCACAGCCCCAUCCCUCCUGUCCAGAGAGACAAGAAAAAGAGGACGAACUAAGGAAAGGGCUGCUUUCUCCUUUUCUUCUUGUAUAAAGAGAAACACUUGUUACAGGCAGUUAGUUUAUUAACAGAUUUGUGUCUAUUUUUAUGACUGUUAAAAAAUACUCAGAAGUGUUAACUAGGCCUAAGUGUAUUGAACCUUAAACGUAAAACCUUUGUCCUUCAAUCCUGUUCCUCUCCGCACCCCCAAGGCUUCAAGCCAAAAGUAAUACUUUUAUUCAUGUACCACCAUGGCUUGUUCUUGCUCCUUUUUAGAGAAUUCAUUUUGCAAAUGGGGUGGGGUUAGAGGAAUAUAAAUUGAUCAUUUUCAUAAUUGCAAAUUGACAGAAGUGUUUGUCAGUGAUUCAUGACUGCCAUAUACCACAUGUCCCUAAUACAGCAGUCUGCGAUGGCAGAAAAAAAAAGUUGUGCCUGCCUCUGGGUUAGGCAGUCCAAGCUGACAGAGCUUAUCACAUAUUGAGAAGCUGUGAGAUGUCGAAGAGUUGUAGGGUUGUGGAGGCUCCCAGUUGAGCUGCUGCUUCCUUAACCCCACCCUUGCCUAACAGGUGGUUGGUGUUGGAAAACAUUUUGCAUAGUGUGCAUGUGGGGCAGGGGCUGCUCUUGUGUAACUUUGGAUAUUGGGUACAGACUUCCACUUUCCACACCAGGCUCCUGCAGCAGAGUUCACCUGCUUUGCACAUAGGAGUAUCUUCUCAGUUGGGGUGUGUGUUCUAUCAGAGCAGUGUCUCGGGCAAUGUUUACUUUGAUACUCAUUCUAACGCAGCAAGAGAAUACAUGUGUGAAGGAAAAAUCCAUUAUUGUGUGAAUGUAGUUCUUCCUCUUCAUAAAAGAUAAGAAAGACAUAUUAAACAUCUUUUUCUACUAAAUUACUUUGUGUUUAAUACAGAGUUCAUAUAUUGGAGCAUUUUUGGCAUUCAGACUAAGUUGAUUACUGCUUCAUAACAUCUCUGCCUGGCGGCCAGUAUUAUUUUUGUUUUACAGAUGGGGAGAAUGACUUGUUCCUGGCCACAUAAUGAGUUUUCUGCUAAACCAUAGACUUCUUCCCUGAUGUUCCCGGGCCAAUUCCCUGGGAAUUUCCAAUGAGUGAUUCUGGGUCAUCUUUUCAUUUAUAGCCUAGGUCCAGUUUGUUCUAUUUACUCAAAUUUCUGUACUGCCCUUCAUCGUGGGAUGGUUUACAACAUGCACAUUAAAAAUAAAAUUCAGUUCACAACAUAAAAAUACAAAAUGAAAACACAAAAUACAUACUAAAACCAAACCAAUAAGUGCCCUUCUACAAACACAGUUAAAAAGCCAUAGAACAGUAAUCUGCAAAGCACCUGGUUAAAGAGAAACAUUUUUGCCUGGCGCCUCAAGGUAUGUAAUAAAGGUGCCAGGUGAGCCUUUUGUGAUGCUGCAUUAAAUUGUCUAUACUACCUACCUGUGCAUAAUCUUGAGGCCCAUUACUUGGAAAUACUCUUAUAGUGCAGUCAUUUGCAUCUCUGUUUAGAAGCAAGCCCUGCUGAAUUUAAUGGAGCAUGUUUUUUAAUAUGACUGCAGCUUUAAUCUUCUACAAGGUCAGGGCGGGUGGAAUCACACGAAGAGUUUUGGGUUGUGCCAUCAAUGUUUGAAUGGCUCUUUGCUGUUACAGUCUGGUCAUGUAGACGUGGAAUUUUUCACUUCAGGAGGCCCAAUAGCUUUAAUUUAUUCUGAGUUAUGAUACUACUGGGUAGUGUAAGACUUUGGUCCCAUCAAGCUUUGCUGUCUAUCCUCUUGUCCCCCAUUUUUUUAAUGAAAGUGACAGACCAUAGACUUAACAGUGCAUAUUUUAUUUUAUUUCUAUGCCGCCCUAUAUCCAAAGGUCUCAGGGCGGUUCACAUAAAGGAUCACAUACAU